GCACAGUUAAACCUCCCGUCGCUUAGAUCUGCGAAGAGUUCAAUCUUAUACAUCGCCUCCUCCGUGUCCACACGCAUAACGCCGCCAUCGACGAUUUCUCUCAUACUCACUGGGUUUCGUGAGGUGAUUGAAGUUCGUUCAUAGAGAAAGAUGUACAACGGAAUAGGGUUACAGACCGCGAGAGGAUCUGGGACUAACGGUUACGUUCAGACGAACAAGUUCUUCGUGAGGCCUAGGAACGGUGGUAAGCCCCUUAGUGGCGGAAAACGGUUUGCGGAUGAUCAAGAUUCUCAUAGCUUGACUGUUGCUUCCGGGACAACAGAGUUUGUGGAGAAAGGGACAGAGAAUGUCGUCUUUAGCACAUGUGAUGAAGAAAGAGAGAGGGUUGUUUUUCAAAUGGGGACUUCUGAUGCUGUUAGGGCUCUCAAAGCUGCUGAGAUUGUGUGUAAUGAUGUUGCAGCUGUUGAUAUUAACAUGGGUUGUCCCAAGGCUUUCUCUAUUCAAGGAGGAAUGGGUGCUGCUCUGUUAACUAAACCCGAGCUCAUUCAUGAUAUUCUAGCUACACUUAAGAGGAACUUAGACGUACCUGUUACUUGUAGUUUUAAAGACAAAGAGAUGGAAGCGAGAAGCGAACUGAACCUUAAAGUUUACGAUAUUUUCAAAGAGUUUAUGACAGGGAUCACAAAACUUGAGGAACUAGGGAAUGCUGCAAACACUUUUCUUCUACGGUUUCAGCAAGGACUCUGCUUGCUCAAACGCUCUCCAAUGCUCACUUCGUCCACUUUGAUCAAGAACCUUAUCAAGAGCAAUGAAACAAGACGGCUAAAAUCGUAUAUAGAUUUCGGCUGUAUUAACAUCGAUGAUGCUGCAAAAAGCACAAAGGCUUUGCAUACAUCCAUAUCAGGACUUUCUGACCAUCUGAUCAAUGCUCAAAGUCUGUUAUCUGAGCUUGAGCGUCUCACCGAUGAGGCAGCCCUUGCAAUUGAGACUGCAACAACAACACAGCUAGAUGUAGAAUCAUGUGAUGAGUUACGACAGGUAACGAGUGAUGAGGAGAAUGAGAUUGUACAUUUUCUUCAAGAACCUGAAGUUACAGAGUACGCUACAGUUAUUGCAGUGGUUUACAAUAUGGUGAAGCAGAACUACGUUAUGCAGGAAAAGAUUGUGAGAUCGCUUAGUUUGAAGACAUCAUUUGAUGAGUUAGAUACUUACACUAUGAUGUGGUCAUUGCGUCCGUUUGUAGAAGACAAGAUUAUGAACAGAGCAUGGAAAUGUAUCUACUAGUACACACAUUAUUCAGUUAAUUUUGUUUGAUUAAUUUGUUAUUUUGCUUCCCAUUCAUAAACAAGAAAAGAAGCGAAUGGAUCGGUCGUUUACAUUUUA